AGCAGCAGCUGUGGUCGCCGGCCGUCAGUCGAAACAAAAUAUCGCCGUCGCGACGCGCGCGGCCCGUCGAUACGCCUGCGCCGACCACCUCCGCACGUUUCGAACAGUCAACCGCCAAACGUCGCGUCAACGUCACGAUAUCGCGCAGCGCGCGUCAAUAACCGUCGUCGAUCCGCGUUCAUCGGUAUUGUUUUCGUUUUUCAACGUCGACUUUUUUUCUGUACGCAGCGUCGCAUUCGGACAUCGGUACGGCCGCAGCCACGCACGCACGCACGCACCCACGCACGGCCAGAACGACGGGUAUUUCACGGUACAGUAUUUUAUUGUUUCGCAGAGCGCAAUCGCGGCCGUCGUCGGUUUCGCUGUUAACGCGGUCGUCCGGCCGGCGCGUUUUUCGCGUCGACAAUGACAAUGUCGGAAGCGCCCGGCCGGCCGCACCGUAAUCGGAUCAAACUCCCGUGAUACACGAGCGAAUCCGUCGUGCGGUUCGCCCGGAAACGAUUUGUUCGCAUAUUUUUUUUUUGUAUUCGAAUUUCGCACCCGGACCCCGCGAACACGAAUCGUUUUCGUGCGGACUCUGUACGACGUAUUCAAAUGCACGUACGGGUUCCGGACGCGGUCCGAAAUUAUUAUUGGCCAGCGGUUGAUACUUUUAGGCCCUACCGCCUCCCCCGCCACUGUCGAUUUUAUUUAUUCUGCGGAAUCGACGAAAAAUGUAUUUAUGUACGAGAUAUUAUUUGAUCAAAAUAUCCGAACGGGUAUUCGCGGUCGGUGACGUUGUCCUGCGAAUUAUCGACAUUGUCGGUUUAGCCGCCCGCCCGCCCGCCCGCGUAUCUCGCGAUAAUUUUCAUUCACUCGCAGUUUCAAGUAGGCGCCUGUCUGUAUGACAUUAUGUAGGUGAAGUGUUCGAUUUCGAAAUUGUUGGAAAAAAAACAACUAGAUAUCCGUAUGCGGUUUUGUUUUUCAUCGUCUUUUGUAAUAUUGCCGACAGGCACGUACGCCGAAAAAACAUUCGGAGGCGGGGGUUCACAAAAAACGUACAAUAAUCAAUAUUACCAACGUUAUCAAUGUUUAUAAAAACGUAUUAAAUUCGUAUAAAUAAAUUACGCGACUAUUGUAUUUCGCUGGGGGGGGGGAGGUCGGGGGUCGGUUGAACCUCCCCGCAUGCGUGCCUGGUUACCGUUGUCUAGAUUUUCGAACACACCGGAACAUUAUGCCAUCCGCCAUGACGCGACAAACUUAUUAAAAAUAAUUUACCAACACUACUGAAAUGAUCGACGCGAAGCAUUUUUUCUUUUCUGUCCGAUUUCGAAAUUGUACACAUUUAUAAAAAAAAAAAAAUACUCCGCGUAAUCACUUUUUAACGUUAGGCGAUUUUAUUUCGGCCGGACCAGAGUCCGUAGACGAGUGGUGAGAGGUUUUUAAACUCCCCCCCUGGCCCCUCCGGGGGGCCGCUUUUGCUCUUUGGGCGAAUAUUAACAUCCGUUGCCCGGUAACAAUCACGGGGCGGACAGCCUCGAGUCCGCGGCGUCAUUCUCGGGCUACGGGCGAAAUUGCGUGCCGGCGAUAUUCCGGCGCGCCGCGAAAACGCGAGCAAACGUCCGGCGGGUACUCGGCCAUUGCGACCGUUUCCGUAGGAAAUACCCAAUCACGGCGGGCACUCUCGGGUUCGAUCAAUUUCGUCGCGGAAAUGCCCGCGGUUUUUAUCGUUCGUAAAGACGAAAACGGGGGAAAAAAAAAAUUAAUGAAAUCCGACGCGGGACGCCGUACGGCCGAAACCGAGACGACCUUGAAUACGACGUAAACACGUAGACGAUUUCACGAUAAUCGCUCGUCUGAGUAAACAAAAUUCCCUAAUCUGUCUGUUUACGACGGCAAGUCCAAUAUUGAAAUAGCGCCGAUCACGGGAACCGUCGUCGUCGUCGUUCGCGUAUUAUUACGGAGCGCGGUAUUAACGUGAUUCUCGUAUUUGGGUUUCGAUAGCAACACCCGCCCGUCCGCGCCGCUUCGUUGGCCGAAAUUAAUCGUUUAAAAAUGAUUUUUUUUUUUUCUCUCUCUCUCUCUCUGUCAUUCGAAUCCUUGCGCUAUACGUUUUUGAAAAAUAUAACAACCGCCGUGUUAUCGCGAGAACGAGAAAGCGGAAAAAUGAUAAAACCCGUAGGCGCGUCAGUGUACGGCAAUAUAUUUUUAACGUGAUAUUAUUACGGCGAUUGCCACGGGCCCGUGUACGUUUCGUUUCCGAUUUACCGCGGGCCCUGCGCGUCGGACGCCAUUCCCCGUUUCCGUUUUGUACGGUGUUAACCAGAAUUCGCGGGACUUGUUGCGCUUGAAGUCCGGGGAACGGCGUUUUUAGAACGUGAAAAAUGAUAUUUUUAAAAACCCAAAACGGUAGCGGAACGGUUCAAGAGUUCUCCCACUUGAUCUCGCCGCCAACACGUUAAACACGAUUUUCCGACACUACAAAAACGUUAAACGCGAAGUGAUUUUUUUUGUUUUUUUUUCUGUCUCUUUCGCUUUUCCCGUUGUUCAUUUACUUACCGACUGCGUUCGGUUUCAAACGGAACGUCCGAUUCGGGGCGCGACGGAUAUUUUGACAGAAUAAUAUUGUCGGGCGUUUUUUUGUCGUUGCGAUUCCGCGCGCUCGUGACACCGUCGCUUAUCAGCGUACCCGGCUUUGUACCAUCGACAACGUUUGCAUUAGAUGCACGCAAGUAGUCCGUAAUUGGUUUUUAAUACUUUGAACCGCCGACCGCGAUACGCUAGUCCGCGCAUUGCACUUCGACGGGCGUGCGCGCCGCACUAUUUAUUUGUACCCAAUACCCAAUUAUAAACGGACACGGCCCCGAUGUCGAACCGCGUAUGAAUUACACGAACACCGACAGCUAUUAUUUCGGCGUCCGACGGUGUUGACCGCCGCGAACGCGCGGUUAUUGUUUGUAGUCGCCGUCGAACCGCGUUCGGUUGUCGGGAAAAGUGUCCGCGAAUUGUGUUCGCACUGCGCGAUCCGGCAUUCGAACCGAAUAACCGUCUCGCCGUCGUCCGUGAUGAAUAAACACCGUGAGAUUAUCGCCCGCCAUUUGUCGUCCCUGCACAACGUACGCGAGGGAGAAUGGUCGGGGGGCGCCCGAGGAAUAUCGAUCGUUUUUUUUUUUUUUUUUUUAAUUUUGAAAUCAAUCGAAUUUUGAAUCGGAACGAGAAAUCAGUAACUUUGUCGCAUUACUUCGCGUGUGCUCUAUUUUUCGAGUUUCGUGUCUAGAAUGUGUAAUGUAGAUUCGGAGCGUGUAGCGAGGUUUUACAAUGCUGUUUAUUAUUUUUUUUUUUUUCUUCUUCUUCUUCUUCUCCUCCUUUUACUCCGUACAUCUUUCUCCGGCGUACCAGGCACUUUUCCGAAAGGUAAUUUUACCUACUUGAUAUUAUAAGGUGGUCAUUUUCCGAUUUUCCAAGCGGUUUUCAUAACGAUUAGGAAAAACAAAGGAAAAACCGGACAAUUUACGAAAAUAAUUUUUUGUAUUAUUAUUUUCAAUUUUGUUUUUUUCGCUGCAAUUCAAUUUAAAAUAUUAUAAAUACGGAAAACGUAUAUUCGCCUUUUCUAGACGUGGUCAAAUUUUCAAAACAUUUUCAUCAAUUUUGAGCUAUUUGUACAUUUUAAUUUCGCGAGUUUUUACGUAAUUUUCAUUCGGUUUGUACUCUGUGGAUAAAGUUGUUAGACCGAACCGAAAUUCAUGCAUAUUUAACAAGAGGUUCGUUCUUCGUUCUCCGUGGUUAAAAAAAUUAAAAUUUUGACGAAAAUCGUAAAUAUUACGGCCUUUCAAAACAUGUACAACCGAACAUCGCUCCGAAUCGUUUUUCGUUAGCAAUGGUUUAUCGUAUGCAUUGAGUUCUCCUCUAUAUCCUCUAUACCUUCUCAAACUUCUCACCCACAAUCGCGGCCCACCCGUCGCGAUAAGCACGCCAGUCUUUUUUUUUUUAUUGUAUAAUAUUGUUGUUUACUGUUUGGACAUGUAGGUUUCUCCCCUGUCCCGCGAUUCGUGAUUCGCGACACGCCGAUAUUAUAUAACAAAAACAAAAAUGAAAAUUGCUCGAUUCUACCGAGCAGUAUCACCAUUGCCGUAUAGAGUGUAUUUUUAUGGACAAAAUGCCAUUGGCAUUUUGGGUGCUUUAAGUGCCCGUCCCAGGUAGGUAUGUACGCCACACUGGUGGCACCAGAGCUCAACAUUAGAGUGUGUCCCCGUACUCAAAAGUAUUUAGUAGUAGGCUUAGGUGGUGCCAAAUGACCGGCGGGUAAUAUUUCGUAUAAUUUUUAUUUUCGUAGUAAAAAGUAAACAUAAUUUAAAAAAAAAAAAAAGUUGUACCGCGUAUACGUGAAUCAAAAAAAAAUUCAAAACUCGUCUGCAAAUGUGUGUUCCGGUAGUCUCCGUCCUCUCUCGAAUAAUCCCAUUUCAAUCCGAGAACAUCCAGCUGAAAUAUUAAGUAGUAUCUCAUAUCGUGAUCACGCGGUAUGUCGUCCACUGUUAGCCCGAUACCACAAAGCCCGCUGGGGCAUUUGUUUUGAGGGGCGCCGUAGAUAAAACAAAUUCGGAGGCCGUCGGAAAAUCGGCGCGAUAUUGGGUCGGCCAUCGGAACAAAGGUGUCAUCGGUCGAUUGCAUUAAUGUUAUUAUAAAAAUACCUGUUUAUAAAAACGAUUUUCAGUUUUCCCUGUUUUGUGUUGUAUGCAAUUCAUUCGUUCGCGCAGUCAUUAAUGACAAACGGUUACAUUUUAUUAUUCUGCUGCAGUCUGUAACGGUCGACUAAAGUCCAAACAAACUAUGUCCUUGCGCAAAGGUCAAUCAGUAAUUCGGUAACGAUAUGUUAUAACUAAUCUCGGGGCCUGGCGGGCUCCCGCGAGUCACUGGCCUCCAUGGCCGGGCCCGCGCCGGGUAUAUCUAUUAAAGAAAUGUCAUCACUUUCCGUGUACGCCUAAUCGAAUGUGUUUUCAAUUAGAUUUCAGUAGGACAACAGAAGGAAAACACAAACUGCCAUAAUGUUCGGCUCGAUCUACAAGCUGUCGACGAAAUUGAGCAAUCGUUGCGUGACGAAAACCCUGUCCAGGAGUAUAACCCAGCAACGGGCCAGCAUGGAAGAGUAUUUCAAAGGCAAGCGUUUUAUUGUGACCGGAGCUAGCGCUGGUGAGUACAACACCUACGAAUAAAUCGAAUUAUUUCACCAAUUAGGUAUCUUUUAUUGAAAAUUCACUAUUAUUAUUUCUAUGUUGCGGCGUGCCGCGUUUAUACAAAAUAUUUACCGAAAUCUCCGGUUUCGAUUAUUAUAUAUUGUUACGUUUGGUGAUGAAAACUGCGAGUAUUAUUCAAAUAAAAUUUUCUAUUAUUUUUAUUUAACUAUUUUCCUUAUUUUCUAGUUAUUUUCGUGAUUUCGUGUGCAGAACGUGUUUGUCUUUUGUCAUUUUCUUUUCUUUUUUUUCAGAAAUUCGUGACGACCCAACAAAUGCGCACUACUUAUACAUACCUACGUGAUUAGAUUAUACAAUGGUACCUACGUACAAACAAACGGGGGAUAUUUUUUUUUUUUUAAAUUCUCAACGUAUAUUCUCUAGACGAGUUGUAUACAUUGGUCUGAUCGUGUACGACUACAUAGAAAAUAAAAUCGAAUAAUCGAGUAUAUUUACUAUUAAUUUUUUUACGGUGCGGGGCAGAAUCGUAGCCCGAAAAUUCCAAAGGGGGUGUUAUUUCACUAUAAUUAUCACCAUUAUUUAACACUUUCGGGAGGACGUGAUUGCCGCUAUCUUACAAACGUACGGCACAGUAAAUUUUCAUUUAGCAGGGACAACUGCAGUUAGUUUUAAUAUCAGCGUGGAUUGACCCACUAUCAAACUUGAAAAUUAUUAACAUUAUCUGGGCUACGUUGACGCUAUUUUUUCGAUAUUUUAAUUGUAAAGCGAGAUAUAAGCAUUAUUAAAUUGUGAUAUUCUACAUAAUCAUAUAUCUCGUUUGGAAAUUAAAAUAUCGAAAAAAUAGCGCAAAACUUAUCCCGGAUAAUGUUUUAGUUUUUAACCUUGAUAACGGGUCUGAUAUUAAAACCAAUAGUAUUUUUUCCCGAUGAACGCAAAUUUGGUAUGUCUUACGUGUUUAGAUUCUGAUCAGAAUUUAUUUGAAUUCAUUGGUUUUACAAUGAUGAUUAUUUUUUUCUGUGUUCAAAUUUUAUAUCAGAAAUUCUGCUUUGAUUUUCUAACGUAGUUUUUUUUUUCUGAAGGGAAAAUUAACUGAGAUGGUACUCUUUUAAGAAAUCAUUUUUUUUUUUUAUUUUUCCAGGGGUUUUCAUAAUAAAUGGGACGAAACGUAUUAUUUUCAAAUCGUAAACAUUACGACCUUUCAAAAUAUGUGCAACCGAACUCCCUUCAGAAUCGUUUUUCGUUAGCAGUAGUUGCAUAAAGAUACACAUUAAAUUACCCCUCUGCCUUCCCAACUUCUCACCUACACCAAUGACCCACUCAUUGUACGAAAUAUGUAAUUUUUAUUUUUUUUUUUAAAACUGAGACAACACGUCAUACGGGUAUCACGCCCUCUUAAAAAAUCCACCGAUAUAGAUAACAAUAUUUGUAUUUUUCUCGACGGAAAAUGGUAAUCGUUGGUAAUUAUACCAAUAGUUGCAGUUAACUAAUAACUAUAAUACAUCAAUUCCAUAGUUCGUGACAUCAAUAUAAUAUAAUCUAUAAUCUUUGACGUCUUAUUAUAAUUUUUAUAAAAUACAAACAUCGUAAUGAAAUUUACAGUUAUAACCCACCUACAACUUUCCCUCUCCCUCGCUACACUAUUGGUGCCGAGUGUAUUUUGCGAGACACAAACUUUGUUUGUCAUUCUAAUCCGUUUUACCGCGCGUCGAUCGUUUUAAUUAUUUUAAUUCGUCGUAAUAAUUGUACAUUUAUACGUAAAUAAGAUAAUCAGAAAUAACGUUAUUUGUUUGUUCUCGGAAUAUUUAUUACGACGUCGUUGUACGGAUAAUAAAACAUCACUUCAACAAUCGAGUGUCUCAUCGUUAGAAUACUAAAAAUUUGUUGUUACAAACCGUUGGUGUACCGAAACAUUUUGCACCGGUUUACUAACACUUGAUACCGACUAUUUUACACCAGUAUAGAUAUUCGACGAUGGAAAUCGGCGCGUGCAUCCCCACCAUUGUCCAAAAUUAACAAUGAUUAUACUGUCAAUUGAAUAUUAAUCAAUUAUUUAAAUUAUUAGUUUAUAUACAUAAACAAUUUCCAACUAAUAAGUAUUUAAUAAAAAUUAAUUUGAAUUAGGUAUUAAUUGUUAUCAAUUAAAUUAUUAUUAUUAUUAUCAUUUAUUUGUUCGUUUAUUAUUUCGAGAGUGAAAUCAUAGGGGAUGAAACCGGUGUAAAUGGUUUGCACCAUGGGCAUGUGAUGGUGCAGAAAAAUUAAACCGAUGUUAAAAUCAUAACAUCGGUUACUUCAAAAAAAUGUCUCAUAUUCACACUAGUUUGGUUUUUAAGGGGAAAUUUAUACCGGUUUGUACCAUCGUAUCGUUAAUAAGUGAAUCAAUCAUGUUACUGGAAUACAAAAUGAUGAAAUACUUUCCCAGCAUAAAUGUUGACUAUGACUAUGUCUAUGACUGGGUGCGGAAUCCAUUCAGUGUAUCAGUUAACGAGAUGAUUGGUUCGACAUUCGCCGAAGAAGACAAUCUUAUCUCACUGAAAAAUGAUCGAACAUUGAAGUUAGAAUUUAAAGAAAUGACCGUUAACAAAUUUUGGAUAUAUGCUCAAGCAGAAUUUCCUGAAUUAUCUAUAGAAGCAAUAAUAAUUCUACUACCAUUCUCCACGUCGUAUUUAUGCGAACAAGGAUUAUCGACAGUCACAACAAUAAAAAGUAAAAAAAGAGAACGACUUCGACCCGUAGAAGAUCCGAGAAUGAGCUUGUCCACAGUUCGUCCUCGAAUAAAACAUUUGUGCACUACACGUCAAGCACAAAGUCUCAUUAAUCGGUGUACUUUCAUUUCACAAUAAUUAACCCUCAAAUAGAGUAGAUUGUAAAUAGCGUACCUAUACAUGUGUGUAUAUAUUUUAUAUAAAAUAUACUUCACGUAUUAUAUGGAUUGGUGUGUCGCGAAAAUUUUGUAGAUGACGUGUGCCGCGUUGUUAAAAAGGUUAAAAAUCACUGGUCUAAUGUAUGCGUACGCCUAAUUAAACCGGCGACUAUUUUCAUUAAUAUAACAUAAUUAUGAGAAUGAUUAAAGAGAUUUUUCUAAAUAACACGUUGAAGACACUGUGCCUAGUGAGACAUAUUUUAAUCCGAGUAUACGGCUCAAUAAUUUGAGUCCCACGCGCUGCUAGUGGUUCUAUUCAACUCGAUCGAGUUCAACGCAAAUUCUAAUUGAGGUGCCUAGAACACAAGGGGUAUAAGUUACAUUUUUAAAAACCCGAGUUAAGAGAACAGUUGAACUAAAAAUAUUACAUUUUAUUGGGUAGUGAAGAAAUAUAAGAAAAUUAUUCAAAUGAAAACGUCAUAAUACUAUAGAAGUAAAUAGGUACAAGGGUUCACAAAAGCUUUAAACACACACUUGUAUCUUUACUGCCAAGUGUUAAAACUUUUUUAUCAUUCGAACACAAGAACAGUGAUAAUAUGACAACAUACUAUAAUUGUAUUAAAUACAAAUAACUUUUUCUCGAAAUCAAUAAAAUAACACUUACACCCCUUGUGUUCUACCAUUCUAGGCGCUUCGAUUGAGAUAUUCUAGUUAUAUUUUUGGUAUUCAAUGUCUCCUCUCAUGACUACACUCCCGUCUCAAAGUUUCUCGGCCUAGAAUCUUUAGCUAACCGUAGACGGAUGUUCCUUAUGUUAGACAAGACUUUUAAGACGGUCUGUUAUGCAAUUAUACAAUAGACUCUCCUGCUGAAGAAUUACACAUACACAAUAAAACUAAAACGAAGAAAAAUAAUUUUAAUAAUAUUUUAAAUGUAAAAACCGAUUUUAAAAAUAAUCUUAUGCCAAUAAAUUUUGGACGAUAAUGAAUAAUAACCAAAUUAUUUUAUAUUCCAUAACAUAUUUUAGCCUAAUAAUAACUCAUUUUAAAUAAUCUCUCCAAUUAAAAUAAAUUAUUUCUAUGCUAAACGACCAAUUUGUAUAAUUUAUUCUCUAUGUAUUAAUCAUUUGUUUUUUUUACUUUAUUGUUUCAUAACAAUAUUCGUAUACCGCUCGUGAAAUUUGGGAGUAUUGAGCGAAGACCAAUAAAUACGCAUUCUCCGAAAAUUAUUAAUUCAACGUCGAUCCAUAAAACAUCUAAUCAGUAUUUUUUAUUGAACAUAAUUACACGAAGCUAAAUCGAACUCGUUUACUAGAACGACUACGCGAGUUAUAAACGAAAUAAAAUGACGCACGAGCACCUACCUACUGUGUUUCAACAGAAAUGAUUAAAAAAAAAAAAAAACGAAAUAAAAAUCUACUUAUAACGGGGUAGAUGAGGGAGGGGUCCAUUAACAAUCGCUUUGCUACAAAAUUAAAGUCAAACCGAACGCUGUUGAUUUCUAGACGGCGGACUCUCCCCUCCUCCGGAUUCCAUUAAUAACUGCAGCUGCAGGAAUUGUGACUAUUUGUUUUUUCUUGCAUCAAUCGCUAGUUAAAACUCGACGCGACGUUUUAGAUAAUAUAAAACCAAAAAAGAAAAUCGGACCUUUAAAUAAAUAAAAUAUAUCUGUACUACUAUAGGUAAUGACUGCAUAAAAUGUUCAUAAUUUUCUUAGAUUUACCUAUUAAUCAAACCGCAGAUAAUUAAACAAUUUAGUGUACUUACCUACUCGAACUAUUGCUAUAAUCAGUGGCAUUUAGUUGUUUAGUUUAUUUCAAGUAAUAGCAUUUUUUUUUUUUUUUACUUUUUUAGAAUUUCCGACAAUACACGUUCGUACACUCCUCCACAUAGCGUCGGCCUGCAGUUGGCCCAUAAUUUGAUUAAUAUACAAUGUUUUGCCACGGGCAUUAGAAGUUCUAGUUACGCCACUGGCUAUAAUACAUGAUAUGAUAGAUGUAAAAACCGAAAUCAAUAUUAUAGUUGUUAUAAUGUCUACAAUUUACGAUAAUACUUACGGUAUUUAACUUCUCCAUUAUAUUAUUAUUUUAUUAUUCUUCAUCUCCUUCGCCUUCGUCCCAACUGUGUUUAGAACUAUUCGAAAUCAAUGACGGAUCCAGUUUCAAAGUACACAAUCACUAAAUUUUCAAAAAAAAAAAAAAACGAAUAACAUAAUCAAAAAACGGUUUUUUUGUUUUGUACUGGUUUUUAGAUUCUGAACGAAGCUAGGAAUAUUUGGUUUACUAUGAUGUUUAUUAUUUCUUUGUUUUCAUUUGUAAACGAUUUUUCCAUCAGAAAUAUUGCUCCGAUUUGAAAGUGUAGUACCCUUUUUGAAAGGUAGUUUUAUCCGGGUGAUAUUUUAAGGAGGUCAUUUUUUGCUUUCUUUAACGAUUUUCAUAAUAAUUGAGAAAAAUCGGAAUGAAAGGGAAAAUGUACGUGCUAUAUUAUUUUAAAUUUCGUAUUGUGUUGCGAUUCAAUUAAAAAUAUUAGUAGAGAGUUAAAAGAAAAAUUAUAUUUGCCUUUUUUAGAAGUAAAAUGUUUAAAACAUUUUACGUUUUGAAACAUACUUGUCAAAGGAGAUUGCACGUUUCUAAACUAAAUGCAAUUUUCAAACUUUAAAAACAUUUAAAAUACAUUGGAGUUUGAUCAUUCAGCUCGAAAAUAGUGAGUUAGGUGUAUUCGAAUUUAGCGCUGUAAAUUGCAUAUGAAAUGACAUUUACCUCGUUUAUCAUGAAAAUUGAAGAUUGCAUACAUUAAAACUAGACCCCUCAAGUAUUUUAUCGAUAGUAUAUUAUUAUCUAUACCAUCGAUUAUGAGAUUCAAUCAAUGCUUAUAAUUUUGAUUUCUUUUCUAUAAUAAGUAAUUAAAUUAUCAAAGUCGGGUAAAUGUUUUUUUCCAUCUAGGUUCCUACCUACAAUGUAAAUAUAUAUAUAUAUUAUUCGAAUAAUUUGUCUAUAAUAUUAUAAUUAUUUUAAAAAAUAUUUUUAACAUGUAUUUAUUUGUGCACGAUUUACAUGUUUUUUUUUGUCAAUGUAGCUAUUAUGUUUUUAACAUCCAAUAUGGCUGUACAGCUAACAGAUGUAUUGCUAUAUCGGAUAUAAACAUUCGAUUUAAACACAAUAUGGCGAUAGUACGUGUAUACGGCGUGUUUUAAAACGCAAUUCUGUUUGCAGUAAUACUUUUAAUUGAAUACACGUGUACCUAUAAGUGUUUUGAAAUAUUUAUUAUAAAUGGGUAAUAAUUAAAAGUUGUUUAAUUAAUUUGUUUAAUACUCGUGGUACAAAUGGCCCGGAAAUUUAUCUGAUGAAUCCUCAGUUUGACUAAUACUAGCUGUAUUUAUUCUGAUUUCUGUUAACGUUGUGUUACGCAGGCAUGGGAAAAGUGAUCGCCGGACGACUGAUAGCGUUGGACGCCCACGUGUUCGCUGUGGGCAGAGACGUGGAACGUUUACCUGACGCGGACAACCUGAAGUUAACCAAGGCGUCGGUGGACGUGGGCGAAUGGGAAACGGCGUACAACGAGGUACUGGCCAUGGGGCCCGUCCACGGACUGGUCAACAACGCCGGCGUGGCGCACAUCGAAUCUUUUCUGGAGACGACGAAAAAAGGAUGGGAUGAGUACGUUUCCCUCCCCCCCCCCGAGACGGUUGAUAAAUAUAAUGCCAUAGCAAUCGCGAUUUUUAUUUUUAUUAUUAAAUUUUCCCUUAUUAUUAUAAAAGUACUUGCAAGGAAUUUUCAAAAAAAAAAAAAAAAAAAUUUACUUCCUCAAUGUUCCAACCAAACAAAAAGAUCCAACAUUUUCUGAUAAAGAUCAUUGAAAUAAAAUCGUUUGUUGAGGUUGACAUGAUGCAUAAACACACUCUUCCACUUAUUUUGAAUAUAAAUAAAAUCAACGUGUGAUUAUUGGAAAACCAAUAAUUUAUAAAUCAAAUAUUAUAGUAUUUCUUAUUCUAAAAAAAAAAAAAAUGCUUUAUUAUCCAAAAAAUAAUGUUUAAAGUAAUCAAAGUGGGUCUAUAGAACUUCUCUCCAUUCCCCCCUCCCCCGUCUCAGAAUAAAAGAAUUGCUCACAUCCAAUGUGUAUCAUAUCAAAAAUAUUAUUUUGGUUACCACAAACAUACAAUAUAAAUAUCAUGAUUUUUCAUAAUUAUCUUGUAAACAAGUCAUAAUAAUAUGUUACCUGUAAACUGAAGGAAUAAUAUUCCUUACAUUUCCAUAUUAUAUUAUAAUUUUUUUUUUUUUUUCAGUACACUUAACAUUAAUGCCAGAGGAAUGGUGAGGAUAAGUCAAGCUGUUGCCAAAAAUAUGAUAGAUGCAAAAAUCAGAGGAUCAAUUGUUAAUAUAUCGUCAACUAUAUCUGAGGUUAUUAUUACCUACUUAAAACUCUGCUAUAAUAUAUCUACUCUACCUAUUAUAGUACUAUACUUUUUUUUUUUUCAUUGUAUACUCUAUUUUAUGGAUGGGCAAAUUAUAAAAAAAAAUGUAAACUCUAAACAAAAUUACUUUAUACCUAAUUCUAUUUUCUAAUCAAAAAGUACAACUUUUUGACGCCCUGUCUAAUUAUAAGUUAUACACUCAGUCACUCACACUAAAAGUAUUUUUUUAUUAUUGAAUUUUUAAAAAUAAUUAUUAUUUUAGAAAGCAAUACCAGAUCAUGUGGCUUAUUGUGCGUCCAAAGGAGCUGUAAAUCAAAUAACAAGAACAAUGGCAAUAGAAUUGGGAACUUACGGCAUCAGAACAAACAAUGUCAAUCCAACUGUUGUUCUUACCAAGAUGGGUAAAAAAGCAUGGUCGGACCCAAAGAAAUCCGAACCAAUUUUGAACAGAAUUCCGUUGGGAAGAUUUGCAGGUUUGUAAAAAAAAAAUUAUGGUUAUAGUAUUAUAGUAUGUGAUCUUGUAAUAUUUUCAUGGUAAUUUUUUUUUUUCUAGAACCUAGCGAUAUUGCUGAUGCAGUAAUAUUUCUGUUAAGCGAUUAUUCACAAAUGGUUAAUGGCCUGAAUCUUUAUGUAGAUGGAGGUUUUAUGUCUGGAUAAUUAUAGGUAUUUUGUUACUUUUUUUUAAUUUCAAUAGGCGAACAAAUUAAUAUGAUUCAAUAUCUAGUUUUACGCCUAUAGAUCUUAAAAACAUUCAAACAUACUCAUUGCAAUCCAUUAAAAAAAAAAAAAUGUUGAUUAUUAUUUUACUGUUGUGUGAUCAUUGUUAUUAAUACUAUACAAUAAAACUUAAUACCCAACUAUUUUUGAUUUUUGUUUAUUUUAAAAAGAUAUGUACAACUGUUGUGAGGUCAACAAUGAUGUUUGGGUCUGAG